AUGCCGUGUGUUACUUUGGGUAAUAUUGAUAUUGAUUUCCCGUAUACUCCAUAUGAGUGUCAAAAGAAUUAUAUGCAGGCAGUUAUUGACGCAUUGAACGAGAAAAAGCAUGCAAUUUUGGAAUCUCCUACUGGCACAGGAAAGACUCUCUGUCUUCUUUGCGCUUCACUUGGAUGGUUGGAAUAUUUUCUUGCUCAACAACAAUUGCGUCGAAUCGACCAAUCCUGGGAGAAUUCUAAACCGGUUGAUCAAGUGCUUUCAGUGGGUAAAUUUGACGCACCUCUCAUCAUUUUCUCAUCUCGAACUCACGCACAACUUAAUCAAGCUGUACAGGCCUUUAAGGAUACUGUUUAUUCAAGUCAUAAAAUUGGUGUACUGGGUUCUCGUGAUCAGCUUUGCCUGCUACCUGAAGUGGUUAGUUUAGAAUCUAAUUCCGCAAAAGUCUACCAGUGUCGACUUCGAGUUUCAACUCGUACAUGCGAGUACUUUCGAAACUUUGAUGCUGGUCGUGAUAAGCUCUUAGACUCCAUGAGAACAUCUAAAAUUGCUGACAUUGAAGAUCUAUGCAAAUUUGGACGAGAUAAUAGAGCUUGCGCCUAUUACCUUUCACGAGAGUUUAAAUCAGACGCGGAAAUAUUAUUUAUGCCUUACAAUUACCUUCUCGAUGUUAAGAUUCGAAGUCUAUAUGGUAUUGAAUUAACCAACGCAAUCGUGAUUUUCGAUGAGGCUCAUAAUAUUGAACAAGUAUGCGAAGACGCCGCUUCGGCCACUCUCACUUCCACCUCCCUGGCUUCGGCAAUUGAGGAAUUGCGUGUAAUGGGAGAGUACAUUUUCAAUCUUACUUCUGGCAAUGAAGGUGGCUUGGAUGCAUUGGAAGGUGUUGACGGUUUUCCGGGGCAAACUUUUGCCGGUGGCAUAAAAAAUCAAUUUGAUCUUACUGAACCUUCUAACAAUGCGGCUCAAUCUAUUGGUCUGUCUAGCCUCCUCACGCUGAAGGGACAAUUACUUGAGUUGGAACGACUUCUUGAUGGACUUGGUGAAGCAGCUUCUGAUGCUGGUACAAUUAAACCUGGAGAGUAUAUUUUCGAGUUUCUCGGCCAAGCUGGAAUCACACCUGGAAAUCAGGCUCAAACACAAGAACUUAUUGAUCAAGUCAUUGCAGCGUCAAUAUCUAUGGAUAUUGCCAAAUUUCGGAGAGGUCGGGGAUUAUCACAUGUGGCUGAAUUCCUACAGAAAGUCUUUUCGGAUAAAACCACCGGCAAUUCUCUCUCCCUCCUCUCCCGCCAACGCUCGGCGAGUUGUUUCCGAGUGCAUAUAAAAGUGGAGCUACCCAUGGCCCAACUCUUUCGGGAGACUGCGGCGGCAACGACGGGAGACGUUUGGGGCAAUAAUCCUAUUCGGAUUGGGGAAGAAGAAGGAGGAGGCUCCACCAAACUCACUAAAAACGUCUGUCUCAGCUACUGGUGUCUCACUCCGGGAAAAGCGAUGCACGAAUUGCUGUCACUGAACGUUCGCAACAUUAUUCUCACCAGUGGUACCCUCUACCCUAUAUCAUCUCUUCAAGCCGAAUUAGAUUUACAUUCAGCAAUUGUGCUCCAAAAUCCUCACGUCAUUAACCACGAUCAAAUUCAACUUUGCGUGCUUCCAAAAGCGCCCGAUAGUGGAAUGUUGAAUUCAAGUUAUGAAUAUCGUGGAAACGCCUCAUAUCACAAGUCGCUGGGACUCACUUUGGUGAAUCUCUUCCGUAUUGUCCCGGGUGGUGUUCUCAUUUUCUUUCCGUCCUACGCUCUCAUGAAGAGUUGCAUUCAAUCCUGGCAGAAUUGUGAUAUCUAUGGAAGACUGGUGGAUGCCAAGAAGACAUUCAUUGAACCUCGUGAUAAGAAUCAAUUUCAACAGAUAACCACAGGUUAUGUGGAAGCCGCCAGCAGUGGAGGCGGUUCGGCCCUCUUUGCGGUAAUGCGUGGCAAGGUCAGCGAAGGUCUCGAUCUCACUGAUCACACAUCUCGCGCCGUUUUCAUUGUUGGCAUCGCUUACCCUCCUCGUGAAGAUCCACGCAUCAAAAUUAAAAUGGCUUUUCUUGAUGAGCAACGUUUUAAACAACAACAACAGGAGCAAACUUCUGUUGGGAAGAAAGUCGAAAUGCCCACUGGACGACAGUGGUACAAGUUACAAGCUUGGCGGGCUGUUAAUCAGGCCGUUGGUAGAGUGAUUCGUCACAUUCGGGACUACGGUAUGAUUUUCCUCUGUGAUGAGCGAUUUGCAUCACAAGAAGCUAAAUCACAUCUUCCAGCGUGGAUGCAAUCCAAUAUCCGCGUCUUUGACUCCUUUGGUCCUGUUGUUAAAGUGACCACGGAAUUCUAUCGUAAUGCUGAAGCAAAGUAUCCAGCAGUUAUCAAAGGUAGUUCGAGACCUCCACCAAGGCGAUUAGCAACAGUACAUCGUGCCUCCCUUCUCACUAGUAGAUUUCUAGAAGAUGGUCGAAUUACAUUUCCUAGCGCUGCAGAUCAUGUUAAGACGUAUGCAGGAAGCUUGGCUUCGCAGCCAGAAAGUGGUGAUUUCCUUACGGAAUACUAUUCUCAGAAUGAUACUCAGGAGGUAUCAACAGAGGAGGAGUCUAAGAAAAGCGAGGCCUCGUCUUCUAGCUCAUUACUGGAUCGAGUCUAUAAAAGUGGCAACAGUAGCAGUCAACAGAUAUCCUCAGAUCUCCGUCACAAAAGGCCGUUCUUCGAUGAUGCCAAGGCCUCUGUACUAAGCAAUAGCAAAAGCAACUCCACCAACGAUGACCUAGAUCAGCGUUUACUGGAGCGCCAUCAAGCGUCAAAACGCAUUAAACUUAUCAAAGAGCGUGGCAACGUGGUUACCAAAGUUGGCAACACUACUCCAACAGACUACAUCUCCUCCGUUCGGGCUAUAUUAAAUCGGAAUGGCGCUGCAAGUGAGAAUAAUCUCUUUGAAGAUUUUAAGUCGGCUCUAUCGACUUACAAAAUGGGCAAAAAUGAAUCUGGGAAGUCAUCUGUUGAGAGGGUUUUUGCUGCGCUGGCUGGUAUCUUCCUUCCACUGGAAGCACCUGGCUUACUCAGAGGUAAUUGA